GUGUGUAUAAAGCGGGGGUGGAUGGGGUCAGAGGCUAUUUAACAGAUGUUGACUCUGAGGCUCAUGUCAGUCAGUCAUGGGUCUUCCUGGGAUUCAGAUGUGGACAUGGACGCUUUGUGUCCUGAGCUGGAUGUGUGUGGGUCAAGUAGUGGCAGGACCGCAGUACUUGGUGGCCAUUCCUGCAGUUCUUGAAGCUGGAGCUGAGACCAAACUCUGUGCGAGUCUCUUGCAGCCCAACGAGACUCUGGACAUGACCGUCACUUUGAUGUCCCAAGAGCAGAAUACAACCCUCCUCCGGAAGACAACCAAGGCAGAGUUUCAUUCCUGUGUUCAAUUUCAGGUUCCCUUAGUGCCGAAUCAAGUGGUGCAGAAGCUGGAGGUAGAGCUACGAGGAGACAAUUUUUACUCAAAAGAAGUCAGGAAAGUCAUGAUCAAAGUCUAUCAACCAAUGACAUUCGUCCAAACAGAUAAACCGAUCUACCUCCCUGGACAAACAGUACAUUUCAGAGUCGUUACACUGGACACCAAGUUGAGACCUGCCAGUCAGCUGUACAAUACCAUCGAAAUUGAGGAUCCUAACAACAACAGGAUUGGGCAGUGGCUGAACAAAACGUCGAAUGGUAAAAUCCUGCAGCUUUCUUACUCCCUGAACUCUGAGGCCCGUGAAGGAACCUACCAAGUCAUUGUGUCGAUUGGUAAAAAUAAAGUGUAUCACAGAUUCAAGGUGGAGAAAUAUGUUUUGCCGAAAUUUGAUGUAAAAAUAAAUGCGUCUGAUGAAGUAAGUAUUGAUCAGGAAGAAAUCAAAGCUGAAGUAUGUGCAAAGUAUACAUACGGACAGCCUGUGCCAGGCAGUGUUCAAGUUCAUGUGUGCCGACCUCUUGAUGACUAUAUUGAUCUUGCCCUUGGAAUCACCCCUGAACAUCCAGAGGGAGACCCUGACAUAACUGCCCCAUGCUACAAUGAGACAAAGCAGACGGACAAGAGAGGCUGUGCCACUUUUACCUUUGGAAUGUCAACUUUCACAAAACUUGACCAAAAGGUGCUGCAAGAUUCACUGGUCCUCAGUGCCAAGGUGGAAGAGGAGGGGACAGGGAUUUUAUACCAACAGGAGAAGAGAAUAGGGAUUUCAUAUGUUGUUGGAAAGCUGUCCUUCAUUGACACACCCAAGAUUUAUGACCAAGGAUCAAAUGUGGAGGGAAAAGUUAAAGCAGUUCACUACAAUAAUACACCCAUUCCUGACAUGCCAGUGUACCUGUUUGAGGGUGAAAGGUGGUCAGCACGUCUGGUACAGAACCUCACAACUGACAGUGAUGGGAUUGCCACCUUCUCAUUCAACUCUGCUGACCUUAAAGGGGGCAUCCACCUCCACGUUGGCAACAAACCGAAGCUGGACUACGUUGGUUUUAGAAUGCCAUACUAUGAGGUUGGAGAUCAAGUGUUGUCUGCAGCUGAACCUCCUUCUCCUGUUACUAAAACAGUCAGCACCCUUGAGGUAAAGAAGAAGGAUCAACCAAUUAUCUGUGACAGAGAAGAAGACAUCUCCAUCAAAUACACUGUAGUUGGAGAGACCCAGGGCUCUGUGGAUGUGAUGUAUCUGGUCUUAUCUAGAGGAGCCAUUCUCAUGCAAGGAGUUAAAAAGGUUGAAGUACAAGAUAAAUCAGUGACUGAGGGAGAGGUGUCCUUCAAGUUGACAGUGUCUGCAGAGAUGGCACCAGAGGUCCAGGUUGUAGCUUACGCCGUCCUCCCCAGUGAGACUGUGAUCGCCAACAGUGCUGACUUCUCCACCGAGAAAUGCUUCAGUCACAAGGUGUCGUUGGAGUUUUCUCCGUCCUCAGCUGUUCCAGGAGAGGAAACCAUCCUGCAGGUGACGGCCCAGCCAGACUCUCUGUGUGGUGUGAGCGCUGUCGACCAGAGUGUCCUUAUCAAAGAGCCAGGGAAGACUCUGAAUGCAGACAAGAUAUUUGCCUUGUUGCCUGUCAGAAAAGCAUAUACUGUUCCAUAUGAGAUUCAAGAUCCUGAGGAAUGCUUGCAUUUGAGACAUAGAAGAUACGUGCCAUACUACCACGGACAAUGGGUCAAUGAAGAUGAUGCUCAUUCAGUUUUCUGGUAUGUAGGGCUGAAGAUGGCAACAAACUUGGCUCUCAGAGUUCCUUCAUGCAUCAAGUACAAAGGAAGAGAAUACCACCAUGGCCAUUAUGGUAUACGUUGCAGAUAUGAGAGUGUUCCUCAGAUACACAGAAUGGAUUUACCAGGUGGUAUUUCUGGUUUUUCUGGUCUUCCUGGUCCUCCUGGCCUUCUUGGCCUUCCUACUGUUCCUCUCGUGGGUUCUGGAUUUUCCUCUCCUCCUCAGCCAGUAGAAACAGUCCGCACUUUCUUCCCUGAGACCUGGAUAUGGGACUUGGUGGAAGUUGGAGAGUCUGGAACAAAGGAUGUGUCCCUCACUGUCCCAGACACCAUCACCACCUGGGAGACGGAGGCUUUCUGUUUGUCCCCUCAGGGGUUUGGCUUGGCUCCUCGUAAAGAUAUCACAGUCUUCCAGCCCUUCUUCCUGGAGCUCAGCCUGCCUUACUCCAUCAUCCGGGGGGAGCACUUUGAACUGAAGGCAACCACCUUCAACUACCUGUCCAGCUGCAUCAUGGUCACUGUGACUCCAGCACCCUCUUUAGACUACACCCUCACUCCGCUCUCUGGUGACCAGUACACAUCCUGUUUGUGUGGCAGUGAGCGCAAGACCCUCAGCUGGACCAUGGCCCCCUCAGCCUUGGGGGUUGUGAAUGUGUCUGUGACGGCUGAGGCUGUGGCAUCCCACACUUCAUGUGACAAUGAGAUUGUGAGUGUUCCAGAGAGAGGACGUAUCGACGUGGUCACACGAUCUCUCAUAGUAAAGGCUGAGGGAACUGAGAUCACCAAGACCUACAACUUUCUGCUCUGCCCAAAAGGGGAAGCUGUGACAGAGGAAAUAGACAUCCAACUCCCCGAGAACAUGAUUGAUGGAUCUGCCCGCGCUUCACUAUCAGUCCUGGGUGACAUUCUGGGCCGAGCCCUGAAGAACCUGGAUGGGCUGCUAAAGAUGCCGUAUGGAUGUGGAGAGCAGAACAUGGCGCUCCUGGCCCCCAACAUUUACAUCCUCCAGUACCUGGAAAACACACAGCAGCUGACCGCAGCCAUCAAGGAGAAGGCUACCAACUUCCUGACCAGUGGCUACCAGAGACAGCUGAACUACAAACAUUUUGACGGUGCUUACAGCACAUUUGGAUCAGGACCUGGGAACACUUGGCUGACUGCUUUUGUGCUGAGAUCUUUUGCCAAAGCACAGUCUUUCAUCUACAUUGACCCAACAAAGCUUGCUGAGUCUAAGUCUUGGCUGGAUGGUAAACAACGAGAAAAUGGCUGUUUCCAGCAGCUGGGAAAACUCUUCAACAACAGAAUGAAGGGUGGUGUGUCUGAUGAAGUGACUCUCAGUGCUUACAUCACUGCUGCCUACUUGGAGAUGAAUACAUCAGUAAAUGAUCCUGUGGUGAACAAGAGCCUGUCUUGUCUCAGGGAGUCCAUCAGUGACCUCAGCAACACCUACACUACAGCUCUGCUGGCGUACGUCUUCACCCUGGCAGGAGAAACGGAGACCCGUGCUCACCUUCUGAAGCACCUGGACACUGUUGCAUCAAAGCAAGGAGGUUUCCUCUACUGGUCUCAGACAGCGACAGAAACGUCAGCCUCUCUGUCUGUGGAGAUCAGCUCCUAUGUGCUGCUGGCCAGACUCAGCGGCUCUCCCACUGCUGAAGACCUGGGCGCCGCCACCAGCAUCGUCAGAUGGCUGACGGGCCAGCAGAACUAUUAUGGAGGCUUCUCCUCCACACAGUACCAGGGAGGCGAGAGGACAACACGAGCCACGCAGCUACAGAGAGGAUUUACAUCUCAGCAAAGUGUUUUUCAUAAAGCCAAAAAGGAUGCUGAUACUGCAGUUGAGACAAAUUAUGUGGACACGGUGGUGGCUCUCCAGGCUCUGGCUCUCUACGCCACUGCGGUGUUCAGUCCAGAGGGUUCCAGCACAGUGACAGUCCAGUCUCCCAGUGGCCAGCUGACAUUUGAUGUGAAUCAGAACAACAAACUGCUCUACCAGGAGAAGCUGCUGCAGCAAGUGACAGGAAAGUUCAGCCUGGAGGUGAAGGGCUCUGCAUGUGCUUCAGUGCAGAUCUCUCUUCACUAUAACAUCCCAACUCCUGCUGCUGUCACCACUCUCAGUGUGGAGGUCAAACCAGAGGCCGACUGCACAUCUCUCAGACCCAAACUCACUCUGAAGCUAAAGUCCCUAUAUAGUGGAAAGGAAAGCACUACAAACAUGGUGAUCCUGGACAUCAAAAUGCUCUCUGGUUUUGUCCCAGACCCAGAGUCUUUGAGGGGGCUGAAUGUGGUCUCCUCACAGCUCAAAGGUGCCCUGCUGGUGGAUCGUGUUGAAGAAAAGGAAGAUCACGUUCUGGUGUACAUAAGGGAGUUAACAAAGGACAUAGCUAUCAACCACAGCUUAGACCUCCAACAGGAGCUCCCAGUGCAGAACCUGAAGCCAGCCGUGGUCAAGAUCUAUGACUACUACCAGCCAAGUGACCAGGCUGAGACAGAAUACAUCUACCCUUGUGCUGCAGAUUGACGAGUGAUGUGUGGUCUGUCCUCAGAUUGUCACUGAUUGAAAAAAACCUGCAUUUUAUUAAAGAUACAUUUUAUGUGCCUUGUGUAGCUCUAUGUCUGUUUGUUCUGGAGACAUACACAAACAUUUAACACUUGUUUGACUGUUACUAUUUGGCCAGUACACCAAACAGCUAUGUAACUACUCUAUGCUUUUUGGACAAUAAAACAAAGUCAUCUGAAUGUUCCACUUAAAA